UAGAGGGCGGUAUUAUCAAUGGCUACAAAAUAUUUCGAUACGAGGCAAGAGCACGACGAACUUCACCCAAAUACAAAGUUUUAGCCCCUUUGCCGUCAUAAAAUCCUCGAAUGAUGAGAGAGGAAGAUGUCAGGUACUCCGUCCUCAAUACUGUCUUACCAGACUCUGGUACAUGCCGUGGCUGGAGCAGCUGGAAGUAUAGCAGCAAUGUCGCUCUUCUAUCCUCUGGAAACGGCAAGAACGAGGCUACAGAUCGAUGAUAAGCGAGAGGCUAGAUACACUCCACAUGUUAUUGCAGAAAUUGUCAGGGAAGAAGGAGUGGUUUCCCUUUACCGAGGCUGGUUCCCCGUCAUCAGCAGCCUGUGCUGCUCCAACUUUGUCUACUUCUACGCCUUCAACGGUCUCAAGGCAGCCUGCUCAGAUCACAUGAAGGGCACGGUGGCCAUCAAGGAACUGUUGAUUGGUAUCGUAGCUGGCGUCUUCAACGUUCUAGUGACCACACCCAUGUGGGUUGUGAACAUGAGAAUGAAACUUCAAGGUGCUAACUUCCAGACGGAGCAGAAACAGAAGAGCAAACAUCCGCACUACAGUGGCAUCUUCCAUGCCUUCAGGACUAUCAUCUCAGAGGAAGGCUUGGGUGCAUUGUGGAGCGGUACCUCGUCUUCUCUUCUCCUUGUCCUCAAUCCUGCCAUUCAUUUCAUGUUCUAUGAGGCUUUCAAGAGGUACCUGACUAAAUACACUGGAGACAAGGAGCAUUCAUCUGUGCUGUACUUUAUGAUGGGAGCUGUUGCCAAGAUUAUAGCCACACUACUCACCUACCCACUUCAGUUAGUCCAGACAAAGCAAAGGUAUGGAAAAGAGGAAUCCGAAUCUCACAAGAAGCUAAAGUCCAUGUGGUCGGUGCUUUGUUUUAUUGUUAGGAACCAAGGGCUUCAGGGUCUCUUCAAAGGCUUGGAGGCCAAGCUACUCCAAACCGUCCUGACUGCUGCUAUGAUGUUCACCAUUUACGAGAAGAUUGCAUCCGUCAUCUUCCAAUUAAUGAAAGCAGAGAAACAACACAUUAAGGGCAGAUAGUUGUCACUGAUACGUCAACUUAUUGCAUUGAGUGAUGAAGCUUAGUAUUACCAUUGUAAAGCAUUCCAUAUACGCUUUGAAAUCCAUUUUGUGCCAUAGUUGAGAAAAAGCUUAAAUGUAUUAUUGACACAAAGCGGAUUGAAAAAGUACAUUUGGAAAGGCAGGUUACGUCUUUCAUCCCAUCCUUUUAUUUUUGUUAUAAUUUUGGCAAUAACAUGUCAACAAUAAUUGGAGCAUUUUUAAUUUGUACAAAUCAGUAUUUCUUAUGUUUUGUUUCUCCAAUCAUGUCACAGAUUCAGAGUCAACUGUUUUCAAAUUUUGGAUAAUCUUGCCUUUGACCACUUGCCCCCCCCCCCCCCCCCC